AUGUCACUCCAAAAAUAGAUAAUAUAAGUAAGCCUUGAGGUCAUGCAAAGGUUGAGAAUUCAGUGGUAGUUCAGCAUCGAAAAAAAAGAAGGUUUUACUUUGGAUGUAUAUUUAAUUUUUCCCUUAACUUUUAAGAAGGAGAAUGAGUUUAGUUACUUCAGCUGUGCAGAAAGAACCUGGUGUGGCGUAGGAAACAAAUGGGGAAUUAUCUAGGAUGUUUUGAUUGAAGAGUGA